UCUGACGCCGACCACAGCGGACGACGGGCGACUGCUCUACCCGGUCAACCACUGCAUCCGCAUACACCUGCCCGGCGUUUCAAACCCCCACAACCUCUUUGACGCCUCCAGUGCGGACAAGGUGCCCCUAGAGGACUGGCGUCAGCCCUUUACUGUCUGUCUAAUUGGCUUCCAGGUGCCUCUGCUUACCCGGCCCUGGCAGGCCAUGACAUGCCAACUCAUAAAGAACCUCUCCACACAGAAGAACAUUCGACUGAGUCAUCUUAAGGAGGUUUGCCACGACACGAGGGUGAGUCAGGAAUUGAAAAUAAUGGAGGUUGUUAGGGCGCUUCAAAUGCUUUUCCACCCUACCCCUCCUUAUAGGCACUCGUAG